GGCAGCGUCAUCGUACCUCACCUCGCCCUCACACACGCAAACUUCCAUCAGAUCCUGUCCGUCGAUCCCUGCUGACUUCGCGAUUCGGUCUAUGGCGAAAUAAGGUGAUGUGAUGUAAAGAUGCUGCAACCACGAUGCUUCGUAUCCCCAACGAUGAAAUGUUGUGUCUCUGAAUCGAAUCAUAUCACAACAGUCACAUUUCAUCACAGCCCGUAGAGACCACGCUUGUAAGUUGUGCGUAAUAUCACUAAUACACUUCAAACUUCUCCAACCCUUGUUCCUGUUUCCGUCACUUUUAUCUCUCAUCCCGUUGUUGUUGGACUCGUCCAAUUAACGCGCCGGUCUCAUGGCGGGCCGUCUCAAAAAUGCCAUCAAGAAGAGGGCAUCACGUCUUUUCCGUCGAGCUAACACUUCCGAGGGUUCAGACUCGCACUCAGCAAGUAACAAGAACAGCUUGACUGAGUCGAGUAGGAACUCUCAGCCUCGACAUCAGAAAGACCUGAGUCUAUUGAGCAGGAGUUCAAAGACUGAACGGCCUAACGGGCCUGAAGCUUCACACGCACAGCCUACGGUUGAGGCCCAGAACACAGGCGACUUUCUAGCUCAUCCGGCAAUUCAACCGUUGAGAGCAGAUCCAACACCUAGAACGCCUAGACUAGAACGGCCUCGCCCCAGCCUAGAGCCGGAAGAUGCCACUGCCUGGAGUGGGGAUGAAACUGCUGGAGAUGCGUCUUAUCGUGAAAUCCAGCGGUAUUCGACAGAGCCAAAACACUCCCAGGACACUACAUACCAGAUAGUGAGGUCAAACCAAGCAGAGAAUACAGGUGACCUUGAGACGAGGCUGUCUCGGCUGACCGUUUCUCCGAACGAAUCAACAGUUCCAGAGAUAGAUAUCGACCCUUUAACUCCGUUCGACCUUAUUGAAGACACCAAUCCUACGCAAGCAAAACUCUCGCAAUUGGCAAUUGGUGAAGAAGGGCCCAAGCACGCGGCGACUCAUAUCAAGCCCCUAUCCCAAGAAUCAGACGUUAACCUCGAGUCAAACUCAAGUCAAGAAGCCAAUAUUCGCCAGAACCUGGAGGCUAUUCAUCCUAGAGACACCGAGUUUGACCGGAUCAACGAGGAAGUCCGCGCUGGCUCCAAUGGCGAGGCCAACUUUCACCUCCAGAACAGCCUUGACUUUGACAGAACGGUUCACAAUCAAGACCCGGUUGUUCAUGAGCAUAUUAGGCCUCAUGUUCAUACAAUUUACGAACCCAAGCGUACGCGGUCCAUCCACUACCAUGAGCAUCGAACCUUGAUCCAGCCGAUCAAAGAUCCCAACCCAACGGUUCUUCCAGAACAACAUUGGCUUCAGGAUGACAAGACUGGGGAAAUCUAUAGAAUUCCUGAUGAGUUGGGAAAGAAGUUGAUGUAGACUGCAUUUGAUGUUGCAUAUUGUUCCAUGCACAAGCGAGGAGUAACAAGACUUAUAUUUGUAGUUUUAACUUUCCAAACACAAACACCUUGAAAUGAGAUCAUUCAAAGUCUAGUUCUCCUUUUGGCACCUAUUUUAUGACCUUUUAGCACUGUUGCAAGUCCGCCUGGGUUGCUGUUAGCCAUUGAGCGAGAUGGUUCCAAGUCCCUGGUUGAUCAAGACACUCAGAUUAUCGACAACCCGGGCCGCUGAGAUCAACAACUCUUCUCUUGCAUAUCCUACACUUCAAUAAGUUGGCAAAUCUAUUAUCAUAAGAGAAACACUACAUAGUUUUACUAAGAUCCACAUAUUUGCUUCAUACCCACGGGCUCACCUUUGUAUAGCUGGCCCCUUAAAUACCUCCUCUCGCACACUUUUCCUUUACUUUCUUCUUUCUUCAAUCACCUCCAUCCAUUCAGUCUGCUCAUUUGGGCAAGACAUUUCCUCACGCAACGACGCCCUCUCCUUUUCUCUGGCCCUUUGGACACUUCGUGACAGAUUUCUAUCCUUUCUAUCUGCACUCUCAACAACCCUGGGGUCAAUAGGUCAUUGGCGUUUGGUGAGCCUAGUUGAAGCCUUCACGAACCGAUUAAGAAUUCUUGGGUCGGGCUUCGUUUUACUCCCCGCUCUCUUACCCUUGGGAGACCAUCAUGUCUCAGCCCACAACCUCCUCCUUUGCCAUCAAGCCCAGUGGCCCCUCGACAGUGUUCAUAUCAUGUAAGGCUUCGGGUGGUGUGAUAAGAGAAAAUCCAUGACUUCUCUCCACAAGGGUUUAAGCCACCUAUUGAACUCUUUAAAUUGAUUUAGUCAUGCCUGAAUUUGUUUACAUUUACCUAAUUCUACCUCAUUUUCCCUAUCCUAAUCUAGGUUGGCCUAAAUUUACUUACAUUUACUUAAUCUUAUGCCAGACUACAGAUGAAGAGCCUGUUAUUAUUUCACACUCAAUGUAUAUUCCGGGGCUUUCGCG